AAUCACGAGCUCGGCAGCACAUCGCGGCCCGCGCACAGCCCACGGGCGAUCGGGAAAAAUGGUCACGAGCUGUCGCCGUCGUCGUCCUCCCUGUCGGCGGUCGAUUCGGGAGGCGCUCCCCCCACUUGCGCCGGGCGCGCCAACCUCAGCCACACCCCCGCGGGCCGGCGUCCAGAACCUUCCGAGCUCGGCGCGGCCACGAACGCGCCCCGCGCUCUAGAACGUUCCAUUCCCCUCCUGACCAGUCUCGUACAGAGGUCAAGCUGGUAUUUAGCGCCGCCGCCCCACCACUCUCCCGCGGAUAGCAGGGGUUUCUCUUCCCGCGCGCGCCGCGCCACGCACCCGGCGUCGCUGCGUCACUGUAGCAGCGAGCGACGACUCUUCUUGGUUCUCUGGAUCGCCAGCGCUCUCUGGAUUCGAUGAUCGCAGCGGAAUUCGCAGUUGGAACUUGGUAGUGGCACUGGCACGAUGGACCCGCUGCUGCCGGGGGUGGUGACCGUGAAGGAGGAGUGGCCGCCGAGCUCGCCGCCGCCGGAGGAGGAGGUGGAGGACAUGGACGCGGCGCCAGCGGGUGCGCCGCGGCCGAUGGAGGGGCUGCACGAGGUCGGCCCGCCGCCGUUCCUGACCAAGACUUUCGACCUGGUAGCCGACCCGGCCACCGACCAGGUCGUCUCGUGGGGGCGCACCGGCAACAGCUUCGUCGUGUGGGAUCCUCAUGUCUUCGCCGCGGUGCUGCUCCCGAGGUUCUUCAAGCACAACAACUUCUCCAGCUUCGUCCGCCAGCUCAACACCUAUGGUUUCAGAAAGAUCGAUCCAGACAGAUGGGAGUUCGCGAACGAAGGUUUCCUAAGGGGCCAGAGGCAGCUCCUGCGGCUGAUCAAGCGGCGGCGGCCGCCGUCCUACCUCCCCGGGCCCCAGCAGCAGGCCCUAGGUUCCUGCCUGGAGGUGGGCCAGUUCGGCGGCGGCCUGGACGAGGAGAUGGACCGGCUGAGGCGCGACAAGAACAUCCUGCUGGCGGAGGUGGGGAAGCUGCGGCAGGAGCAGCAGAGCACGCGGGCGGACAUGCGGGCCAUGGAGGAGCGGCUGCAGCACGCGGAGCAGAAGCAGGUGCAGAUGAUGGGGUUCCUGGCGCGGGCGCUGCAGAACCCGGACUUCUUCCAGCAGCUGGCCCAGCAGCAGGAGCGGCGGCGGGAGCUGGAGGACGCCUUCUCCUCGAGGAAGCGGCGGCGGCCGCCCAUCGACGCGGCGCCGUUCGAGGAGGCCAGCGGCCGCCCGCGGGACGACGAGCCGCCGCUGCUGUUCCGGGGGUGCGGCGGGUUCGAGGCGGGGACCUCGGAGCUGGAGAACCUGGCGCUCAACAUCCAGGGCCUCGGGAAGCGGAGGCAGGACGAGAAGCAGGCCCCGGGCGGCGGCGGCGGCGAGACGGCGGAGCUGACGGACGAGUUCUGGGAGGAGCUGACGGACGAGUUCUGCUGAGCGAAAAGUUGACCCUCCGAUUAUAUUCAUCCAUUGUUGUGGUAGUGUUACUGUACAUUGUGUAGCUAUACUAGUGAUGUGUCGUAGCGAUGGAUGGCCGGCGCCAGCGUAUUUCGGAGCCGCCGGACGACCUUGCUUGUAGUUGUAGUAGUUGCGUACAUGAGCCACGAUUCUUAAUGGUGAUUAGUAGUAGUAGCAGCAGCAUUCUUUUAGCCCUCGUUGCAUGUGUUUGGAACUAA